UUGUCAUUCAUGUCUCAAUGCAGUACUAGAUCGAUAGCGAAACGAAGGCCAAACCAAAACAAACAUCUGUCACCUUUUGUUGUGAUUUUGCGAAAAAACUGCUGUGUUCGCACUAUCACACAACAAUGGACACUCUCGAAGUGGAGGAUUUUGACUACGGAGAGUUGAAAAACGACACUGCUUUCAUCAACAAGAAUGAAACCCUGUCGCAAUGUAUCGAAAGGAUCCGGCAAAAUCUAGUCAUUGCCCGAGAGGACUACAAAAACUAUGAAAGUUUCACGCUGGAAGAAAAGGUCAAAUAUGAUCUGCACAUUUCGUACAGCAUCAAUUCGCUGUACUGGAUGUACUACAAAAUCAUUGGAUUGGAUCCAAACAAGCACGGAAUCAAAGAUGAACUGACACGCAUCAAGGCGGCCAUGGUGCGCGAGAAGGAAAUAUACGACCACCGAUACAAUCGGCCAACGCUGGACCAGGGAGCCGCCAAGCGGUUCGUUCGGGCCGGUCUGUACGACCACAAGAACCGGGAUAAACCGAUGGACAAGGCGGACCCUCCGCCGAACAAGAAGAUCCGCUUCGAAGACUAGUGGGGCAUGCAAUGAUAUUGCUAAAAAAACACGCUUCCUGGGGGGUACAAAUUUUCUAUUUCUUGUAAAUGUAAAUGUAGCGUCUCUACACAUAUACGGUAGAGCGGAUAUACUGUUGUUAGAUGUAGUUUAUCCAUUUUUGGCGUCAAAAAUGGUUCCAAUUAUGCGUUUCUGCUAUUUUGCUGAAAUUUGAUUUAAGGAGGUCUUAAUAGUAAAACGAACCAGCCUUGGGCUGAGAGUUUCCUUAAUGAAGCAAAUAAAUAAAUGAUCUUAAUAGUAAAUAUAUUAUCUAAAAA